AUGGAACUAACUCUUAUACCUGCAGUGAGCCCCAGUGAAAUGAAUGGAAAAGACUGUGUCAGUCUUGUUUUCAGAGGUGCUGAGCAACCACAGCAUCAGGUGGAGUCAGUUGAAGACAGACCAGAGAGAAGAAUAGCGCUUGUCACCAGAGAGCUCGCACGCUACAACAUUGACAUUGCAGCCCUUAGCGAAACUCGCCUUGCUAAUGAAGGACGGCUGUCCGAGUCAGGCGGAGGCUAUACAUUCUUCUGGAGUGGCCGCAGCAGUGAUGAGUGUCGUGAAUCUGGAGUUGGCUUCGCCAUCAAGAAUCAUCUUGUUCGGAAACUUGCUAGUCCCCACAAUGGUGUGAAUGAUCGUCUCAUGACAAUGCAGCUUCCGCUUCAAAAAGGAAAACAAGCUACUUUGAUCAGCGCAUAUGCUCCCACAAUGACCAACCCAGAGGAUGUGAAGGAUAAAUUCUAUGAAGAACUAGAUGCUUUGCGAUCAUCAGUUCACCGCACAGACAAGCUGAUCCUGCUUGGCGAUUUUAAUGCAAGAGUCAGAUGUGAUGCCGUAGCCUGGGAAGGAGUCAUCGGGAAAAAUGGAGUGGGAAAGUGUAACAGCAAUGGUCUGUUACUGCUGAAAACUUGUGCGGCACAUGACCUUCUGAUCACCAAUACAGUCUUCCGCCUCCCUACCCGUAACAGGACUUCAUGGAUGCAUCCCCGUUCCAAGCACUGGCAUCUGAUCGACUAUGUCAUCAUCAGGAGAAGGGACAGACAAGAUGUCAGGGUUACAAAAGUUAUGUGCGGCGCUGACUGUUGGACGUACCACAGGCUCAUAGUAUCUAAAAUGAAGCCCCGUAUCAUGCCGAAGAGAUGACCACAAGGCUGUAAGGCUCUCAAAAGGAUCAACGUGUCGAAGCUGAAGAACAGCCGCAUCACUGAAAAUCUAGCAGAAGACCUAGAGAAUGAGCUUGCUGAUCUUCGUAUUGAGGAUGACGCUGAGAGAGACUGGGAACGAUUCCGCAACACUGUCCAUACAGCUGCAUCAAAGGUAUUGGGGCCCUCCACAUGCAGGCGGCAAGACUGGUUUGACGAAAAUGAUGCAGAAAUCCAGGCCUUACUUGCUGAGAAACACCGACUGCAUCGUGCAUAUCAGAACGAUCCAUCCUCAGCGGCAAAGAAGACCACCUUUAUCAACGCUCGCAGAACAGGUGGACCCGUGCUGCUACGGAAACUCACUGAGCUGUUUCAGUCCUUCUGGAAGCAGGGAUCCAUUCCACAGGAAUUUAGAGACGCAUCCAUCGUGCACCUCUAUAAGAGGAAGGGCAAUCGCCAGGUAUGCGACAAUCACCGUGGAAUCUCGCUGCUCUCUACAGCAGGGAAAGUUCUUGCAUGGGUUUUGUUGAACCGACUGAUCACUUACCUGGAGCAGGGCUUACUGCCAGAAUCACAGUGCGGCUUCGGCAAGGGGUAUGGGACUAUUGACAUGAUCUUCGCUGUGCGUCAGCUACAGGAGAAAUGUCAAGAGCAGAACCGUGAACUCUACACAACUUUUGUGGACCUCACGAAAGUGUUCGACUCUGUCAGUCGCCAGGGCCUGUGGAGGAUCAUGUCGAAAUUCGGCUGUCCAGACCGAUUCAUACGAAUAGUAUGUCAAUUUCAUCACGGUAUGAUGGCUCGUGUCCUGGAUAAUGGUGAAACAUCUGAGGCCUUCCCAGUCACCAACGGCGUCAAGCAAGGGUGUGUUUUAGCACCCACUUUGUUUAGCAUGAUAUUCUCUGCCACUCUGACUGAUGCCUUUCAACACUACACUGAAGGAGUAGGCCUGAAGUACAGAACCGAUGGGAAACUAUUCAAUCUGAGGCGACUGCGUGCCAUCACCGAAGUGGACCACUUCACGUACCUGGGCAGUACCCUUUCUCGAGCAGUGUCAAUCGAUGAUGAAGUAAAGUGCAGAAUUGCUAAAGCCAGCUCUGCAUUUGGCCGAUUGCGCUCCAACGUCUCGGAACGUCGAGGGAUCAGCCUACCAACGAGGCUGAAGGUCUACCGAGCAGUGGUGCUUCCAACUCUGCUGUACGCCUGCGAGACGUGGACUGUCUAUCGGAGUCAUGCACGAAGGCUCAAUCACUUCCACAUUUCCUGUCUGCGAAAGCUUCUAAAAAUCAGAUGGCAGGACAAAGUGCCCGAUACUGAAGUCCUUAUCAGAGCCAGUCUGCCGUCAGUUCACACACUGCUGAUGAGAGCCCAGACCAGAUGGGCCGGACAUGUCGUGAGAAUGUCAGACGAGCGCAUUCCUAAACAGCUCUUCUACAGAGAACUCGCCCAGGGAAAGCGCUCCCAUGGAGGACAAAAGAAGCGGUUCAAGGACACGCUGAAGACCUCUCUGAAGUCCCUUGAGAUUAACACCACCACAUGGGAAACCCUCAUCAAAAAGAGGAGAUGGAGUUCGUUCCAGAAUCUACAGCUACCUGGUGUAAUUUCUCUAGCCAUUCCUCUCAAUCUGUUGCCAAGCAAUGAGAUAGAAUGCACCAGUCAGAUAGAAAUACAGCAGUUUAGAGUAGAAAAAAAUAUUGACAGCUCCUAA